GUUUUGCUGGGGGUAGGCGAGGAAUUACAAGUUGCAACCUAGCCUCGAACGCAGUAAAGGUGGGCGGUUACUGCUGAGCCUGUUAGGUUUCUUCCGUGUGGUCGCCAUUUUGUACGUUUAAACCAGUCCUGGACCGUCGUCGGCUAAUGAUCUUGUACGAAAACAGGUUUUAACAAGUCAUAUCCAUAUAAACUGGUAAUUUCUACGUUUUAUUUGUGUCAAUUAUGUAUUUAAGUAAAUGGUCUCGUAAAUUUGCCAGGUAGCUGGCGUUAACAUCGCUGUAAUUGUCUAAGUCGACCAAAUGUUUGUUGACUUAGCUCAUUUAACUAGCUAACGUAAUCUGAGUAUCGGUGAAAUCAUAAUGUUGCGUGAAAUCAAGUCAUGCCUUACUUUGGGAUCGUAUGAUCAAUUAUAUCAGUAGUUCGAAGUGGUAGAAAAUAUGAGGCUAUUCACAGCAAGUAGGUUGUCUCAAAAGGCUUUGUUUUCAGCGAAGCAACCUCGGCCUUGUAGUGGAACGUUUCGCUUUGUUAGCCAUUUAGCUACUUAACAUUUUAUGUAAGGCUUGUUCCUUUACUUGUAUUGCCUGUGUUUUUUUAGACUGAAUUAUUGAUUUCUAUGUCAAACUAUACGUGGUGUCUGAAACAUGUUUAGCUACAGCGGUUAUACUGAGAAACUCGAUGCACAUCGUCGCUACUUUUUCAUGUAGAAGUCAAUCAUGUAUAAUCGACCAGGUCUUACAAGUUUCAUUUUAUCUCCAUGUCAUGUUAUGAUAAUGCUUCAUACAGAUUACAGAGGGUUUAAAGAAAAUGUCAUGCACAUGACUUUAAAGACCAAGUCUUUUACAAUAGAACAAGAAGAGAAGAAAUCAAGUUGGGAAAUGAUAUUUGAAAAAAAUUCUAAUUUUAAAACUUGAUUCCUAUUUCGUCUUAUUAAACUGACUGUGUGCCCAGCACCAUAAUGGUGUUCUAAAUGAAAGCUAGACAUGGUUGAAUCAGUGCUUGCUUCAGUAAAUGUUGAACAAUGUCUAUUUCAGAUUCUGAAAAGCUAAAACUCAACUUGACAAAAUGUGUAAUUUCUUUGUGAUCAUGGCACUUGAAAAUAUACUCAAAUAAUAUUUCAUUAAUUCCUCACUCAUUUACCCACUUUAUGAAGUAUGUGGGGAGUGUUUUGUUUUCUUUUUAAAGGUUAUACAGGAAUUUCUUCUACAGCCCUGGUGAUAACUGGAUUCGGAUAGAGGCCAUCUAAUGGAGAAAUAUCUUCUCUGAAGAUUGGCACUUUUUAUCUCCACACUCAUCAUUUUUUCCCCCUCCCCUUUCACAUUGGAUAUUUUUUUUCUCUUUUGAAAAUUAAACUUUUACCCAAUUUUAAUGUCCUCGCCUAUCUUCAAAUUACCACAAUGGGUGUGAAGAAAUAGAAGACCCCCCUUCCCGCUCUCUCUCUCUCUCUCUUUCUCUCUCUCUCUCACACACACAUACAUACACAGACAUACAUCUUCAAGAUUUUCAUUCCUGCUCUUCCCGGCUCUCACCUCUGACAUUUAGUCCGAAGAUUUUUGUUCCCUCACCAAACAAUUGUUUUUAUUGAGGAAUAGAAAAGGACUUUUCACCACCAUUUUACUUGUUACAAAGCAAUCUAAGACGAACAAGUUUCUCAGUGACGAAAGCCUCUCUCACCCUGUUCACUCUUAACUCAUCGGUCAAGUGUUCCUUCAGGACCAUAACAGCUUGGAGACAACCCAGAAGAAGUUCACCUGGUGGAGACAUAUUAUCCAUAGCAGGGAAAUUCCAGAGGGCCUUGUAGCAGCACUUGAAGAGUUCCUGACCAGCAAGCGCAUUCCCUGGCCAUGACCAACAUGAGCAAUAAGGGAGAUGAUUGCUAUUUCUACUAUUAUUCAACAUGCACUAAGGGUGAUACUUGCCCUUUUCGACAUUGUGAGGCUGCCAUGGGAAAUGAGACCGUCUGCAGUCUUUGGCAGGAGAACCGGUGCUUUCGCAAUGUAUGUAAAUUCCGUCACAUGGAAAUAAAGAAAAACCGCAAAGAAAUUCCUUGUUACUGGGAAAAUCAGGCAGGUGGAUGCCAAAAGUUUCAUUGUGCUUUUCACCACGAGAAGCCACGUUUCAUUGAUGGCCAUUUUGUUGCCCCAGACAAAGGGCCUGUGGUGAGGGAGGAGAAAGAGGAAGAAACUCCAAAGGAUGACCAUCUUUCUUCUGCUUCUGCCAACAUUUCCAACACCACCAACCCACAACUCAGAGGAGUCAUCAAGGUGGAGACUCAAGAGAGCGUCCCCAGUCCCACACACCCACCAGUAGUCAUUAAUCCUGUGGACGAUGAGGAUGAUGAAGAUGUAGAUCAGUUUUCUGAAGAGGGAGAGGAAGCUUCUGGUGUUUCUCCAAAGAAACUGCUGAGCGGUAGUAGAGAUGAGCCACUGAAUUUUGGUAUCAAAACACUGGAGGAGAUCAGGUUGGGGAAAGCCCUGAAGGCCAGUCAGACAAAACCAGGCCAAGAUGAUUUCACCUCAACAAAACAGCGUAGCAACGGAGCUGACACAGAGAAGGAAACCGUUCCGUCGGUUACACGGGCAGCAGUUGUCACUACCAGUGAGUGUCCUGCUUUGGAGGAUUCUGGAAAAAAGAAAAUUACUGACAGGCUUGGAAAAAGAUUUGAUGAAGACAUGCUUGUAGAAGGUGGUCUACGGCUGAAAGGAUCCCUUGCUGAGCGCCUUGGUGGAUUUGUUGACUCCACUAAGGAUAAAAUCGAUAUGCCUCCCCUGAAAGUUACAUCUCCGAGGCCAGUGCAUGAAAGACUUGGAAUAACUCCUGACAUCACUGCACCCAAGUCAAUAAACAGUGAGCCAGUACCUUCUGGUGAGAUCCGGAUCAAAACUCUUGAGGAGAUUCGUCAGGAAAAGGCUGCUAAAUCUCAGAUACAGUGCAAAGGAGUUCGAGUUGUCAACGAGGUACCCACAAAUGCGUUAACGUCCACCAAAAAAGUAAAGAAGCCUGUCAGUGGGCCAAGUGUAAAGACUUUCUCAGAGAUCCUGCAUGAGAAAAAGAAACUCCAGGAGACAAAGGUGGUGCUUCAGCAAGGUAGUACUAGCACUGAGAAAACCGAGGGCCCUAAAAAUACUGGAGUGAUCAAACUGACCGCCCAAGCAGCAGAGAUCAGAGUAAAGACACUUGAAGAGAUUCGUAAAGAAAAAGCUGCCAGAAUGCAAGCAAAGCCUCAGGAAACCACAAAUAAUGCUGCACCUAGUUCAAGUGAUGCAGUGCCAAAAAGACAAAUUCUUUGCAUUGGCAAGACUGGAUCUAUCAACAUCAGAUCUCAAAAAGUGCAAGAUUCUGAGAAGGGGGAUUGCAGUGAAGAGUCCACUGUAACCAAUGGAAAGAGUGACGCCUCCAUUCAGGAUGUAACAGUAAAGAGCUUUGAAGAGAUCAUGCGAGAGAAAAGACUUCGCAAGCAACAGGAGCAGGCUGCAUCUGCUGUUGAGCCAGAGCAAGCUGCCCAGAAACCAAUCCCAGUGCUUUGCAAAAAGAAGCCUCCUGUGUUCAUCAGGCCAGGAAUAACCAUCCAAGCAAAUUCGUCCAUACAAGAAGUCAUUAGUCAUCAGGCCUCCUCUCCUGUCCCUUCUAUAGUACCCCAGAGGAAGUCUCCAGAAAUGCAGAACAAGGAGAAUUCUCUUACCACAAGUGCUAAGAAGUCCAAGUCAUCCACUUCAAUUGCACUUCCUAUGCAAGUGUCAGAGAUGGCAGAUUCUUUAGGCCAACAAUCACAGGAGCCACAUUGGAAGAAGACGCAAGUAGUCACCAAGAUGCCCCCAAGCAAAGCAGCUGAAUUAAAAGUGAGGCCCAAACUGAAUGUAAAGCCAUCCGUGAUGAAGCCAGCUGCUCAGCUGAAUCCUGGUAAAAAAAGGACAGCUGCAGACAUUAAUUGCUCUGCUGUUGCUGCGGUGAAACCUCUUAACGCUGUCCCUGCUCCUGAUGUUGAACCACCGUGCAAGCGGACUCAGUUGUCUGUACCAUCCUGCAGUUUAGAAGUUGAAGCCAGGGUGCAACAGGUGUCCUCUCUUGCUGAGCAGUGUUCACCUGAGCCCCUUUCUGUUCCACAAAGCCCCAUCAUCAGUACUCCCACACAAGCACGGCCACGUAGGGUAAGUGUGGCUUCUGCACGUGGCACUGCUCCUGCAGGAAAUGCCUCCACAAUGGACGACUUUGAGGACUUGCUGGAUGAAUUUACUGAUGACAGACUAGAGGAUGAGAUUGAGCUGGACCCAGGCAAAGGCGAGGAUGACCUCUUGUUGGAGCUUUCAGAGAUGAUUGACAGCUAAGAUUGAUCUCAGGGAAUACUUGUUCUCUUUCACUGAAUUAGGUCAAGCCCUUUGUAUUUAAAACAUUCUUGAUUUAUUGAGCUGAAGUCUUUCUUUGUCUUAAACAAAAAAUAUAUAUAUUUUUAAACAUGGAUCAAAGUAUGUUUUAGUUUUCUUUACUGCUGAGUAAAGGUAACUUUUGCCAUUUAGUUUUCCGGUCUAUUUAUGACUUUUUUAAAUGUUGCGUUUCUGCAUAUAUUCAUUAAAAUUCACUUCAGUAUAAAUGGCUGUCGUAAAGAUCUCAAAGAAAUUCAUUGAGCCAUUCAAUUGUAAUAUGCUGAUCAAUUAUUUGAUCACACUGUACAUUUGUGGAUUGUUUAUGGUAUCUGAUUUGUUGAAUAGUACAAAUAACUUGCCGCUAGUCAUGUAAUAUUAAUGCAGAAAGUGUUUAUUUGUAUACUGUGUAUGCUUUGGAGAAUUAAAUGAUAGAGGGCCAAGAAGGCACGUGAUGUCUUAAUCAGUGCGCUCAUUCAUGUGAGUUAAUUUCCUAUUUGAAAUUGGAUAUGCUCAAUGUUUAUUGACUGUGGAUGGAUUUUAUUAUUUUAAUGAAAUGUUUGUGUCAUGUUGAAAUGGUAUCUUGAAUUUAUGAAUUGAUGGUAUAGAUUUGUUUUCAGGAUUUGAACAUUUGUCAGGCCUACUAUAUGUUGUUGCUUGUAUUUUGCUCUACAUUAGGCUUAUUUUUGAACCAUUAUCCAUAUUUCCUGUCCAAGUAAUUAAUGAGAAAUUAUGUUCCCUUUUCAGUCUCUUGUUUUUACUGUUUGUAAAGGUUCUCAGGGACUGAUUUAGCUUUCCAAAUGUUUUUACCCUUCUCCUUGUCUCUAUUGUUAGUAAUUGCUAUUUGACCUCAAGAUGACCGUUUAACCUAGGGUUUCAAAUAGGAUGAUCAAUUUGGCAUCUACAUCAUGGUUGGUGAAACAAGUGCACAUGGCUUUAUUAAAACAUUUCUAUAAUUCA